UGGCUCGCAGCUGCAGGUCCGCGGCUCGCGCCUUGGCGGCUCCUAGCUUCGCGCAUAAAUGUGGUAGGAAUUCUACAAAAUGAGAGACGUUGAAUGAGGAAAGAAGAGAUUACUCAAAAGAAACUCUGAAGUAGAGGACCCAGUUGCAGUGAGCUUUUUGCUAAGCUGUUUCACUCCAGAACGGCUAUGGAAUCCAGAGCAGUUUCAACCCCGGUACCUCAGAAUUCUCAGGAACAAGAGCUAAUACUAGUGAAAGUAGAAGAAAGCCUUUCUUGGGGUCAGAAACUUAAGCAGAAUAGGAGUACCCGAUCCUGCCAGGAAUUGUUUCGCCAGCAGUUCAGAAAGUUUUGCUACCAGGAGACACCUGGGCCCCGGGAGGCUCUGGGCCGACUCCAGGAGCUUUGCUGUCAGUGGUUGAGGCCAGAGUUGCACACGAAGGAGCAGAUCCUGGAGCUGCUGGUGCUGGAGCAGUUCCUGAGCAUCCUGCCUGAGGAGCUGCAGAUCUGGGUUCAGCAACACAGUCCAAAAAGUGGCGAGGAAGCUGUGACUCUGUUGGAGGAUUUGGAGAGGGAAUUUGAUGAUCCAGGGCAGCAGGUCCCAGCUAGUCCACAGGGACCAGCAGUGCCAUGGACGGAUUUGACACGUCUUGGAGCAUCCCAGGAGUUAACAAACAUCGAACUCCAGCCUUUAAAGAGACAGCUGAAACCCUGGGAACCUUGCCUUUCCCCCAGAAGCGAUUGUGAGAACAAUGGAUCAUCAACAAAGAAGGACAUUUCAGGAGAGAAAUCGCAAAGACUUCCCCAGGAGCCUUCAUUUGGAGGAAUUAGUGAACAUGAAAGCAGUUCAGAGUGGCAGCUUGGAAGUGCUACAGGGGAGAAAUUAAGAAGAUCCCCUUCCCAAGGGGGAAGUUUUAGUCAAGUAAUCUUCACACACAAAUCUCUAGGAAACAAAGACCAUCCUGAGCCCCAGAGAAGCUUGAUGCUAAAUACAAACUCUAUAACGUAUCAGAAAGUUCCUACAGAAGAGAGACCUUACAGGUGUGACGUAUGCGGGCACAGCUUCAAACAGCAUUCUGCUCUAACACAACAUCAGAGAAUCCAUACUGGAGAAAAGCCAUACAGAUGUAGCCAGUGUGGGAAGGCCUUUAGUUUGAGGUCCUAUCUUAUUAUUCAUCAGAGAAUUCAUAGUGGUGAGAAAGCAUAUGAAUGUAGUGAAUGUGGGAAGGCCUUCAACCAGAGCUCAGCCCUCAUUAGACAUCGGAAAAUCCAUACUGGUGAGAAAGCUUGUAAAUGUAAUGAAUGUGGCAAAGCAUUCAGUCAAAGUUCGUAUCUCAUUAUCCAUCAAAGAAUUCACACUGGCGAGAAACCCUACGAGUGUAAUGAGUGUGGGAAAACCUUUAGCCAAAGCUCAAAGCUUAUUAGACACCAGCGAAUUCAUACAGGAGAAAGACCUUAUGAAUGUAAUGAGUGCGGAAAAGCUUUCAGGCAGAGCUCAGAGCUGAUAACCCAUCAGAGAAUACAUAGUGGAGAGAAACCCUAUGAAUGUAGUGAGUGUGGAAAAGCCUUCAGUCUGAGCUCAAACCUCAUCAGACACCAGAGAAUUCACAGUGGAGAGGAACCUUAUCAGUGUAAUGAAUGCGGCAAAACCUUCAAAAGGAGCUCAGCCCUUGUUCAGCAUCAGAGAAUCCACUCCGGGGAUGAGGCUUACAUAUGUAGUGAAUGUGGGAAGGCUUUCAGGCACAGAUCAGUCCUCAUGCGCCAUCAGAGAGUCCACACUGUAAAGUGACUUAUGAAUACAAUG